CGGCGGUGGCGGGAGCGUGCCCGGUCCCCGCCCCUGUUUCCCACUCGCUUCCACCUCCGACCCGCUGGGGCUCGGAGAGGCGCCGCUCUCUGGUCCCCGGAGCCGCCCUGCAGCGGCCACCUACCCCCUCCGCUCGCGGCCAACCCGUCACUCUUCGCACGGUGCGCUCCUCCGUCUGGGCCAUGGAUGGCGGGGGUCUGAUGAACUUCUUUCUUCUGGUAUUAUUAACGGAUCUUCUACCAUGAACAAUUCUACUCCUUCUACAGGUGUGUAUGCUAAUGGGAAUGACAACAAGAAAUUUAAAGGAGAUAGACCUCCCUGUUCACCUUCCCGUGUUCUCCAUCUUCGCAAAAUUCCAUGUGAUGUCACCGAAGCAGAGGUCAUAUCAUUAGGUCUACCAUUUGGCAAAGUAACUAAUCUUUUGAUGUUGAAAGGAAAAAGCCAGGCUUUCUUAGAAAUGGCUUCUGAGGAAGCUGCAGUUACUAUGGUGAAUUAUUACACUCCUGUUACUCCUCAACUUCGAAGCCAGCCAGUUUAUAUUCAGUAUUCCAAUCACAGAGAACUUAAGACUGACAAUCUGCCUAAUCAAGCUAGAGCCCAAGCUGCAUUGCAGGCUGUCAGUGCUGUCCAGUCAGGAAACCUGGCCCUUCCUGGAGCUCCUUCCAAUGAAGGCACAGUCCUACCUGGACAGAGCCCUGUGCUCCGAAUAAUAAUUGAAAACCUCUUUUAUCCCGUUACUCUGGAAGUUCUUCAUCAGAUAUUUUCUAAAUUUGGAACAGUCUUGAAGAUUAUCACCUUUACAAAGAAUAAUCAAUUUCAAGCCUUGCUUCAGUAUGCUGACCCAGUGAAUGCACAUUAUGCCAAAAUGGCUCUGGAUGGCCAGAAUAUAUAUAAUGCAUGCUGCACUCUGCGUAUUGACUUCUCCAAGCUCACCAGCCUUAAUGUGAAAUAUAAUAAUGACAAAAGCAGAGACUUCACUCGCUUAGAUCUUCCUACUGGUGAUGGCCAGCCAUCUCUUGAACCCCCUAUGGCUGCUGCUUUUGGUGCACCAGGUAUAAUCUCUUCACCAUAUGCAGGGGCUGCUGGAUUUGCCCCAGCCAUUGGAUUUCCUCAAGCUACAGGUCUAUCAGUCCCAGCUGUUCCUGGAGCUCUUGGUCCUCUCACCCUCACCUCCUCUGCUGUCACUGGAAGGAUGGCCAUUCCUGGAGCAAGUGGUAUACCAGGAAAUUCUGUUCUACUUGUCACCAAUCUCAAUCCUGAUCUUAUCACACCACAUGGGCUUUUUAUUCUAUUUGGAGUAUAUGGUGAUGUCCAUAGAGUGAAGAUCAUGUUUAAUAAGAAAGAAAAUGCCUUGGUUCAGAUGGCAGAUGCAAGUCAAGCUCAGCUAGCAAUGAACCAUUUAAGUGGCCAGAGACUUUAUGGAAAAGUGCUUCGUGCUACAUUGUCCAAACACCAGUCAGUUCAGCUUCCUCGAGAGGGACAAGAAGACCAAGGUCUGACUAAGGAUUUCAGCAAUAGCCCUUUGCAUCGCUUUAAAAAGCCUGGCUCUAAGAAUUUCCAGAAUAUCUUUCCACCAUCAGCCACUCUGCAUCUUUCCAACAUUCCCCCUUCUGUUACAAUGGAUGAUUUGAAGAACCUUUUCACGGAAGCUGGAUGUUCAGUGAAGGCUUUUAAAUUCUUUCAGAAAGAUCGUAAAAUGGCGCUCAUUCAGUUGGCAUCUGUAGAAGAAGCAAUCCAGGCCCUCAUUGAGCUUCAUAAUCAUGAUCUUGGAGAAAAUCACCACCUCAGAGUUUCUUUCUCAAAAUCUACAAUCUGACUUUUCUGUGAAUUUUUCUCCUCUAAAACUGGACCAUAAUUUUACUAAAACCUACAGACAUAGACUGAAGUAGCUCAAGACCAAUUUUGCCUCUUUCAAAAAAAAAAAAAAAAAAAAAAACUCUUGAGUUUCAUAUUCAAGUAUAUUCAAAACAAGGGAUGGUCCCCCCCCGCCAUUUUUUCCCCUUCCAGUAUAUGAUCGAAGGUUUGUUAUUCCUUUGUACCAUGGUUUGUAUAAAAAUAACCUUCAGGAAAAAUAUUUUUCAGUAAUUUAAUUCCCUAUGUUAAAUUAGAUUUCAAAAGAACAUGCUUUCUUUUAGUUUGGGUCCAGAUCAGCCUUAUACAACAUCUCUAAACUCCUUUUGAGCUUUGAGAAAUUUAAACAUAUGGACUUUUAAAAUUACUUGAUGUAAGUAAUUUAAAUCACUUGCAACCAAGUUUUUAACUUUAUGAUUCAGAAAUUUGACCCCUGUAGGAAAUUAUGUUCACUUAUAAAUUAUGUCAAAUAUUUGCCAUAUAUUGAUGGUUAUACAUAUAAACACAUUGAAUUAUAUUGGAAGCAGACUUAUAAAUGUGCAUGUUUUCUUUCAAUGAUUUCUUUUUUUUUUUCUACUGUAUGACACUCCUUUGAAUAUGCAUAUCUUACCUUUUUAAGACUAUCUGGAAAAAAUUAAGUGUUUCAGCUGUCCCCAGGGAAAUUAAGAAGAAUCCAACCAGGAUCUAUUAAUAAGUCAGAAUAAUUAAUAAUUUUAUUAGAAAAAUCAUGUUUUAAAUUUCAAAAUGAUACUGAUUUGUCGAGUAAUAUAAUAUGAUCUUGAAAAUUUUUUAAAAAAUAAUCCUACUUAUAAACUACUUUUUUAUAAUUGUUUUCAGGAAAAAAAGUUUACAGUCUUAAGGAAAUAUUCAGGUCUAUCAUAUGGUUUGACAGAUUUUUUAGAAGUUAUUUUUGGUAAGGUCUUCUUUUAGAAAAAAUUAAUCUCAAGGGUUUUUUGUACCACUAUAAUCUAUCUAAUACUUAUUCAGAAUUACUGUGUAUUUACUUAAUUUCUUCUUAUGUGCCUUAUUAUGUGCUUAAGAUACAAUAGGUUAGAGUUUUAUCUAAAUAUCUUGAAAACUAUAUUGUGGGCUUGGUGAGCAUUUUGUUUUUGCUUUCUCUGGUUUGGUAAGGAUUUUAAAGAUUUUUUGUUGUUAUUUUCAUUACAAUUUUAAGUGGUUUUCAAUAAGUAAUAGUUUUUAUUCAAAUCUUUGGUGCUUUGGUGCAGAGAUGGGGUGGGGAAGGGUGAAUGGUUUUGGGAAUAACUCAGUACACAUUUGUAGGCUUCUUUACAUUGUGACUCGUAGCAGUUAUUGCCAAUUAUCAUACACCAAUCUGGGGCUAUAGAAUGCAAUCUCAGUUUCUGGAUCUUUUCUAAUCUUUAUUGCCCAUCAGAAUUUGUCUCAGGAUUACUUGUUCUUUUCAGUACUCAAGUGAGAACUUGCUUUUCUUUGUUAAUGUAACUUCAUUUCUGAAUGCCCACAUAGUUGGAGUAUGAGAAAACUAGUUAUUUCUCAUACUUUCCUUCUCUUUCUGGUUGAAUGUAAGAGUACAUUUUAAUGUUGCUUCAGUGAUUGUAUUAUGUAAAAUUGUUUCUUUUUAACAAGAAACUGCUUUAUUAUUCCUUCAAUGCUUGAUCAGAUUUUUUUUUAAAGCAGAAUUAUUCAGAGGGAUUAAUUUCGUCCACCCAUUUACACUUUUCAUAAUUCUCAGAAUGGUUCAUCUUAACUUUUCAAAGAAUAUCUCAAAUCAUUUUGCUUUAUUCCAGCCAUUAAUUUGAACAUAGGUUGUUUUGGGGAAGCUGAAAGAGAUUAUAGGUUGUAACUCAACACUGAGUAACGGUUAGUUGGUAGAAUAUAAAGGUCAUUAAUUUGAGACCUUUGAAAUGGCUGAAUAGACAGGUAUACUAUCAUUUAUCUAUUGGUUUUUUUCCCCCACUUAUGAAAUACAUUUUUACCUUAAACACCCAAGUAGGAGAGGAAGGGAAACAAAUUGGAAAAUCUCCCAAAAUUUGUUUUUUUGUUUUUGUUUUUGUUUUUCCUUCUACACAAGCAACUUCCAGUGACAUGUUAAAUUGGAUUACUUUGUUUACUUUGGGAUGACUAUGUAAUUUAUUAAUUCAUAAUUCUCAUAACAUCCAGCAUUAAGUGUAGCAAGUAACUGAUAGCAGAAGGGAAAUAAUGGUGUUGAAUGUAAUUUUGAAGUGGGGGAUGGCCUUUAAGUCUGAGAAAGAACAUUUGAAUCCUUUUCAGGGAUUUAUGUAGAUAUGUGUGUGUGUGUUGUUUGUGUGUAUGUGUGUGUGUGUGUAUAGAUUCAUGUAUAUACAUACAUACACUUCUAAUGUAUAUACAUAUGCACAUUACAUACAUUUUUAUUUAUUGAAAAAGAAAAUUAACCAAAUUAAGAUUUGGAAAAGUGGGAUAUUAUUUUAAAAGUGCAUGUUUGAAGCCAUCAGAUUGUGUCUAAAAUUAGCUAUAGAGCACAUGGAUGUUGUCCAUAUUGAACUCUUUGCUAUUAGAAUUAUAGAGAUCUACGGUAUUUGUGUUGGCAUAGUUUUUGUAAAAAGACUCAAAAAAAAAAUUGAGGAUAGUGGAAAAACUAGAUUUGUUUUUUUAUUGUUUGUUUUGGCACACUUUUUUUUUUUCAGUAUCUUCUAAGCAGUGGUUUGUUUUCACUGUUGAUCUAUCAUAAUAUCCUAUUUUUAAGUUUAUUCACUUUAUUUUAAGGUAUACUUAUCACUUUUCAAGGUAUAUUGACUUACACAAAGUGUGUGUGUGUGUAUAUAUGCACACACACGCAUAUAUCAGGACUUUAAAAAAUAGCAGUACAUAUUUAACAAUAGCAAUUUAUGCCAAAACAUCUUACGUUGAGAUUUAAAUAAAUUACAUAGCAGUAAAAUGUGUUUCAUGUAAUGUACAAAUAGAAAAAUGAUGCAUUAUCUUAAUCUGUAACUUAUUGGAGAAGUAUCAGGAUUACCUAGUAGCUCCUACAGAGAAUGCCAUAAAUUCUUCAAGACUGAAUAUUACGAUCAUUUAUUUGUAGAAAUGUUUGAACUCAGUUUGUAGAGCCAUAAUUUUUGCCUGCCUGAUUCUUGAUGGGAGUGAGGUCUUCGUUGUCUCCAUCUGCUAUUGUGGUCAUCAGUUCUACUUCGUUUUAAGAAUUAGCUCCUAUGAAUCUCUGUUCAGCUCCGAAACUUUGUUCAAAGUCUCCAUGUCAUCAGUGAUGUUUAUAUUUGAGUGUAUUGUCAUGUAGAUUCUCUUCUAUUCCCAUUAAAUAUUUUUGGACAAAAAUGACACAUUCAAAAGCAUAUCUUUUCCUUCCCAUUAAGUCCCUUAAAAACCCUAAGUUUGCCAAACGAUCAGCCUGUUUCUUAGAAAACCUAAUGUGUACUGCUAUUUAUAAAACAACAACAACAAAAAGGACAGCAUCACUAUGUGUAAAGCAUUUUUCUUAGUCUUUUCUUUGUCUUGAUCUUUUGUUAAUGUUAACUUUUUAUCUGUUAAUGAACCUGCCAGACCUAAAAUACUUUUAUUGUGCUAAAACAUGGUUUAGAUUGCACAAAACUUUAAAAGUAUAACUUAGCUGUCUUUUAAAAGAGUUGUGUUGAUACCUGUAAGACUAUUUGCAGUCUUUUUUCAGAGCAAAUUCUAACAAUGGCUUAAAAAAUAAAAAUAACUAAAUCUUAAUUUGGGGGGGUUUAUAAAGGGAAAAAAGCAAAACAGGACCAAAGUUUAUGUGCCUUCUUCAGUAGUCUUAAAUGACCUUUUCUUCUUGUUCGAGACUAAGAUAGUAUCAGUAUUCUGGUUUUCAGGUAAUAUGUACUACAGAGUUUUAAAAGAAUGUUGUUCCACGAACUAGUCAUACAAGCAAAUAAUUGUAACUGUGUGAAGUCUCAGUUAUACUUUUGUCUUAUCACAUAAUCUUCAUUAUAGAGCAUUAUGCUGGUUCAAGAACAGAGCUGCUUUGUGGUAGUCACCUUAGUUUUUGCAACCUGAGGCAUAUGUUCCAGAGAACAGGGAUAUUUGUCUGGUCCAGUGACCUUGGUGAUAAUACUCAUGAUUGAAAGCUGCUUAUGGCAAAUUUAACUCAACACUCUCAGCAGAUUAUUUUUGUUGUUUUCAGUUCUUGGAUCUAUGUAGUAGUUGUAAUAAAUAUUUAAAUAGCUAUUUUGGGGGUCAUUAAAAAGAAUCAUACUCUGGCCUUUUUCCUUUACCAUUCAUUGUUACCCAGAUCUUUUAAAAAUUCAUCCCACAUCGAAAAAUUACUAAUUAUAAAGAUUGCUGACCAAGCAAAGUUUUGCAUCAAAAUGUCACCUCAUUGCUCUGACCAAAGACUGAGUGUUCUGGUUUUAACUCCUCUGUGAAACAUUUUCCCCAAGCUCCUUUCUGAAAGACCCAGUUGAGAGCGGCCUUUACUUUGUAUUUUCUAUUGGUGAACAGACUACUUAGAGAAAAUGGGAGUGCAAAUGUGAACAGAUGGAUUAGGAUGACAAGGGUUUGAUGGGCAUUUUCAGUACUGUAUUUAAGAAAAACAAAACAAAAUAGCACAGCUAGGAGCCUCUGACAUAGUCUUGUGUUUUAUGUGAUCUGUUCAUGAAAGUCCCUUUUUUCAGUUUAUAAGAAUAAAAUGCUGUAAAUAUUUGUAACAACAUUUUUUUUAACCAGGCCAAAAAAGAAAAAAGGUUUUUGGGAACAAGUUAACAUAUAAAGUGGUUUUAUAUAAAAACAUCAAUUGUCUUGUAUAUUUUGAUAAGCAGCAGUACCAGCUUUCAUUUGUAAUACAGUUUGUGGCAUUGGAAGAAAAGGAUUCUGUGAUUGUUGAAGUGAAUUAUGUUAUAAAUGCAAAGAGAAGAUAAAAUAUUAAAAACAUAUUUUCUAACUA